AAGCUGCCGGCCCCCACAUCCGGGUACCGACGCCAGCCGCCCAGACUCUGGCACUAUGGUCAUGGCGGAGGGGACGGCAGUGCUGAGGCGGAACAGGCCAGGCACCAAGGCGCAGGAUUUCUAUAAUUGGCCUGAUGAAUCAUUUGAUGAAAUGGACAGUACACUUGCUGUUCAGCAGUAUAUUCAACAGAACAUAAGGGCAGACUGCUCCAAUAUUGACAAAAUUCUUGAACCACCUGAAGGCCAAGAUGAAGGUGUAUGGAAGUAUGAACAUUUAAGGCAAUUCUGCCUUGAACUAAAUGGACUUGCUGUCAAACUUCAGAGUGAAUGCCAUCCAGAUACCUGUACUCAGAUGACAGCAACUGAACAAUGGAUUUUUCUUUGUGCAGCUCAUAAAACUCCAAAAGAGUGUCCUGCCAUAGAUUAUACAAGACACACACUGGAUGGUGCUGCAUGUCUUCUGAAUAGCAAUAAAUAUUUUCCCAGCAGGGUUAGCAUAAAAGAAUCAUCUGUAGCAAAACUAGGAUCAGUGUGCCGUAGGAUUUAUAGAAUAUUUUCACAUGCCUAUUUUCAUCACCGGCAGAUAUUUGAUGAAUAUGAAAAUGAAACAUUUUUAUGUCAUCGGUUUACCAAAUUUGUGAUGAAAUAUAAUCUGAUGUCGAAGGAUAACCUGAUUGUACCAAUUUUAGAAGAGGAAGUUCAGAACUCAGUUUCUGGGGAAAGUGAAGCAUGAAGGAAUCACGUAGAACAAUGUACUGAUCACAUAAUUAACAAUGAUGUACUGUAUAUAUAUCAUUUUAGACACAUCAAUCAUGUAUCCAUAUUAUAGCUUAUUUGUUUAGUAUAGGUUUUUGUAUGCUAUGUGUUGCCUUUUUAAAUGGGAAAUACAUUUUAAGUUAUUCAUGAGCUGUAUAUUCACUGGUGUGGCACUCAUGGUUUUUAAAUCAGUUUAGUAUUAUCUGUUGAUAAUGCCUGUUAAUAAAAGACUUUACAGUUUGGUAAAUGCUGCUAAACAAUCAUUGGACCCCAGUCCUUCCAAUCUAUAAACGAAUGAGCUUGUGUUUCACACAAGCACCUAACAAGUACUAAAGACAGCAUAUUUGCUUUGUUUUCAUCCCUAAGUUUUAAUUUAAUUUAAUUUUAGAAAACUCAGUAGUAUUCCAUCUAUACUGUUAACUUUUCCAAAAUGAGAUAAAAGUGUUUAAAAGUUCUGUCUAUAGCAUUUGAUCUGCAUAACGAUUAUGUGUAUGUUCAGAGGAACUCGAGGAGCUGUUAGUGAUACUUAAGCUCUCUCCUACAUAAAGUGUACUCCAGGCCAGUGUACUUGGAAACAUUGCCUGUUUUGUGACAGUGGAUUAUUAAGUCCAUGGUGACAGUGACAAGGCACAAACGUGAUGUUCCAUGGACUUGCCCCCUCUUGUUUCCCUUAGUCCUCUGGGAAGUACACUAGUCAGGAAAUUUAUUUACCGAACUAUAGUUAGUGAUGGCGCUUCCCUAUUUAUAUUUGUAUUAAUUGCUUACAAAGCAUACCUCAUACUAGCAGUGAUGUUACACUACAGGAAAACUGUACUGUACAGGAAAACUGUACUGCCUACCUUUGAUUUUUGAAAUUGUUGUAACUACUUAGAAAAUAGUCCUUAAUAUAGUUUGACUUUUCCUUUUAGUAAUAUUAAUCUUUUCACCUAACCCUAGGCAGCAUUAAAUAGAUAUGAAAAAAGAUAGUGUAUUAAUUUUAUUUUCCCUCCUUAAAAGCUUAUUAUUUGAAUUAUAUGCACAUGUAAGACUAUUUACAAUAAUUCACAGGUUAAGUGGUGUUGAUAAGUGGUCAUACUUUGAUUUCUUAUUUCAUCGUCUUAAGAAUUUAAGUGCAGCCGGGCGGUGGUGGCGCACGCCUUUAAUCCCAGCACUUGGGAGGCAGAGGCAGGUGGAUUUCUGAGUUGGAGGCCAGCCUGGUCUACAAAGUGAGUUCCAGGACAGCCAGGGCUACACAGAGAAACCCUGUCUCAGAAAACCAAAAAAAAAAAAAAAAAAAGAAAAGAAAAGAAAAAAAAAAAAAAGAAUUUAAGUGCAGACUUACAUAACAUGACAUGAUUAGUGGAGUUUCUCAUUAAACGCUGAGGUCUCUAUGCCACACUGUAACAAGGCACUAAGACAGAAUAGAGACCUGUGCAGUUGGGACAGCUGAAGCCAUCUUUACCAAUUUAACAAAAGAAACUUCAUUUUUAUUUAAGAGCUAUUUGCGAAUGAAAUUGAAAAAUGCAUUCAUCUUGUUUGUUUUUCUAAUUAUUUGAAGAAAUGAUUUGUAUUGUAUUAUAAGACAAGUAUACACAGACAAAUUGGGAAAUGACAGCACACUGAGAGUGUGUGUAGAGUUGACGCCUGUCAGAGCCUGUGCUGUGCCAGUGGUCACGGUCAUCACUGUACCUGAGCCCACAGUUAUCUUCUAAGAAGUUAUGUUUGCAGUGAAUAGAACAUUGACUGAAAUUAGGUGUUUAUAUUACUGUCACCAUGAAUCAUUGGGGUUAGUAAUUUUUAAAUAAACCUGGUAAAUAUCCGAGAGACUAACCUAUACUAAGUUCAUAAAUUAUACCUAGUGUAGCAAUGUUGCUGUUCUCUAGUUGGAGUCUCACGGUGGGUUUCUGUCAUCUGACUGUUUCUCAGGGGACAGUUACGGUAGUGAUUGGGUUGUGGGUGUGACUGAGUAAUUGGAACACUUUGUGAAUAUAUGGCUUAGUGUUAACAGGAAAAUAAAGUAUGGUUUUCUUUUUAUACUUACUCCACCCUCCCUGUAGUAUGUUUGAAAUUGAUCAUAAAUCUGCAAAAGCA